GUGAUGGCCAUGCUGCUCUUCCCUGUGCAGCUGCUGGCAGUGGCUGUCACCAUUUACCUAGAGCUGGUGAGGUCUGCUCAAGGUGGCGUCUACUAUGGGAUCAAACAGCUGCCACCCCAGGUACCCCAGUACCAACCCCUCGGACAACAAGUACCUCACAUGCCGCUGGGCAAAGAAGGCAUCCCGAUGCAGCACAUGGGCAAGGAGUACAUGAAGGAGGUCCCACAGAUGCCUCUGCUCGGCAAGGACAUGGGUCCCAAGAAAGAGAAAGAAAUGCCCAUACGCAGCCUAAGGGGUGAGCAAGGUCCCCCUGGUGAGCCUGGACCAAGAGGGCCACCCGGGCCACCAGGAUUACCAGGUCAUGGUGUGCCAGGAGCCAAAGGAAAACCAGGCCCACAAGGAUAUCCAGGAAUCGGGAAGCCAGGUUUGCCAGGGAUGCCAGGAAAACCAGGGGUCAUGGGGCCCCCAGGGCCAAGAGGGGAGAUGGGGCCUAAGGGGGAGAUCGGGCCCAUGGGGAUACCUGGACCACAAGGACCACCAGGACCUCAUGGGCUUCCCGGCAUAGGGAAAGCAG